CAUCCAUUACAACUUACCGCAAGCAUCAACUGCUAUCUUCCCUCUUUUCAAUAUCCUCUUACCUUUUUCUAUUCUCAACGAAGAAAAGAAAAACGCGCCAAUUGUAUAAUACUUCAUUGCUUACCUCACGUUAUUUUAUUUUAGUUUUUUUACCCAUCUUGUAGGAAGCGUCUCUUCUUAUUUAUAAUCCUUCUUUCUCUCCUCUCUCUCCACACCAUGUCACUUUUAAGUGAUCCUGCCUACAUCGUCCAUAAUCUACGUCUUAGUAACCUACGUCUCGAUGACCGCACGGCCGACAAAAUCAUCUCUUUCCCACCACAAUUGCUUUCUAAUGAAUACAUCAAGGUUGCAGGACCCAACUUUCCAGAGAUGCAGUACUGUUACUCGCCCAAUAUCAGUCAUGAAUACAUGAUGCUCGGUAGCUCUUCUCUUCUCCUCGGUGGCGGUGGCGGUACCAACGACUCUACACUGACGCCAUCCAAUGAUGGUAGCAAUGUCAACCCUGGUGGAACAACAGGAGUCGCAUAUAAUCCAAAACCAGGAAUUGUAGGAAGAAUUAAACAUGAUCGAAGGCGGAUGGUUGCAGCCCAAGCUGCUGCUGCUGCAGGAUUAGGUAGAGGGGGUAAUGAAGGCGGUAGUGGUGGCGGUGGUGUGCCGCAAGUGUCUCCGAUCCAACCUGCACCUGCGCCUGCUGUACGAGUGCCAAUUCCAAUGGCUGCUGCUAGUGUAGAAAGCGACGACGAAAUUGAUAUCGAUGAUGAAGAGCCAAUUAAAUCACCACCGAGGAGGUUCCCAAAGAUUGCAACACCAAUCCUCGCUAGUGGUAAUUUUGCGCCAGGGAUUUUCGUCACCACCCCUUCAAGACCUGGAUCAGCCACCAUCCCUGAGGAUACUCAAGCCGCUCAACGACUAUCGGCGGCGGAAGGUACAGGAACGGCUCUAGAGACAGCUGCAGAUUCGGCACCUCUCGAAUCAGGCGCUUCGCGAGAUUCUGAAGCAGUGGAGCAGACAACCGAAAUUGGCGACAUCACCAUUGACUCCCUGAAUUCACCAAUUGAUUUGUCGCCCCCAGCUUCAGCCACUGCUGGGCGGCUGCUCAAAACACCUGUGCCGUCUGUAAUCAAUUUGAUGUCGUCUUCACCAUUGCGCCCUGAUACCCCUCCUCCCAACAAAUCCAUCGCCCCGCAUGUAGAAGGCCUUCCAACACAACCUUUUCUCUUGCCUGUGAAGCCUCCUCCAAAAUCUUUACUCACUCAACUCAUCACACAACAAAAGUUCAAGGAUGACAAUCCAUUUGCAGAAGAGUUUCUGCGGGUGGCUGGAAUGGGUGAGGCUAACCCCGUACAGCUCAAGAUAUAUUUACCUAAUAGUGAGAAACCUAGGGAUCCGAUGCAGGUAGUCGUGAAGCGCGAGGCAACAGUUGAAGAUGUCAUUGGAUAUAUACUCUAUCAAUAUUACCAUGAGGGACGGAAACCAUUACUUAGUGAUGAGCUCUCAACCGUCGUACAAUGGAACUUGCGUAUCGUCGAAGAUGACGGCGAGAUUGACGACGACCUGCCAGCUGUGGAAAGAACGCUGAAAAUUGGCCGGUUUUCCACAAACCAGCGGUUUGCAAUGAAUCAAUUUGCAUUAUGCGAGGCUACACCGGCUCAAGUCAAAAUUAACGAGAAUUUAUAUGCGAAGUCCGGAAGAACAGUUGUGCGCCCGAAGAAACAAAAGUUGGAGAUCCCGCCUGCAGUACAAGGGCCGUCUGAUUUCCCCAAAAGUGAUGUAAUUACCAAGGAUAUGUCUGUAUCAGGCAUUUUAUCUGCAGCCGAGUUGGCGGAACUUAACAAUGGCGGCAUGAAUGGAGGAGGCGCAUCCAGUGGGGCCAUUUCUACUAUAGGUACCGGAGGCGGCGGCGGUAGCACAGGCGCUGUGGCUCCGCCAAGAGCAGACCCUCUCAUCUCCAGCACACAGCAUUAUGUGCGCGUGCGACUUCAAACAAAACACGAAGUUAAGCACACGACAACAGUAGAAAUUUUACCUAAAAUGUUGGUAUCCGGUGUAAUUGACUACAUCUGCGGAAAGCGUAAAAUGAAUCCGGAAGAAUGGUGUUUAGUGGUCGCAGACACGAACCGUGUGCUACCAUUGGAUGGUGCUGCUGAAGACAUUCCCAAUACUACAGAGCUUGCACUUGUUCCUAAAGACAGUGAAAUGAUUUUGGCUGCGAAGCGUUCCAAGCUUGGACACCCAGGAUUGACAGAAAUCCCAGGCUCAAGUGUGUCUUAUCUAACAUCGGCAGAGGUGUAUCGUGAGUAUACUCUAAGCCGGAAACGACGUGGUGGCUAUGUUGGUCAUCAUGAACAAGUCCUGGCAAUUGAUGGUGACUACAUCCGGAUUAUGCCCUCGUCAACGAAGAUGCUGCUCUUUGAUUCAGGCAAGACAUCAUCCUAUGUCAAAAAUAUGAUUCAUGACUGUCGACAGAGCAAAAAAGCGCGUAGUCAUUUCAAGUUGAUCGUAAUACGAGGCGAUCGAGAGACGAAAACAUAUGAGUUUGAGGCCAACAGUCCGCAACAAGCACAGGAGAUAUGUCAAAGAAUUAUGCAACUUAAAAACAGCUGAAAAAAUUGCUCAGCUCCUCAUCAUCCACUGCUAGACGACGGGAC